AUGAAAGGCAUAUCUUUAGCACGUGAGUGGAACGAAGCACAAGGAUCGAAAGUUAAAGCUCAGAAGACUCACACAAUUCCUCAGAUAAGUAAAACCAGAGACCUUCCUCAAUCCAAUCCUCAGAUCGCCGUUUGCAUGACGGAUGCCUCGUGGGAUGCGAAUCGACUUAGGGUGGGACUUGCUUGGGUUCUCACUGGAGCACCGGCUACGGUAGUAAGGAAUGGCACCUCGAUUCAGGACUUCGUCACCUCACCGCUGGUCGCUGAGGCGUUGGCGAUCAGGGAAGGGCUCUAUUGGACUGCAAGUCAGAAGAUCUCACAUCUCUGGAUCUGCUCUGACAAUCUAACGCUCAUUGGAGUACUCAUCAAUAAGACACAGAGGAAAAAACUGCUGGAGAUCAUCAAAGACAUCCACAAUCUCUUGUAUGUAUUUGUUUCAAUUGAUUUCUUUCAUAUUUCGAAAGAAAAGAACGAAGAGACUGAUGCUUUAGCAAAAGCUUCUCUCAGGAACUCUUUUGUGUAA